UCUUUUCAGAAUUUUUUACGUUUCAUGUGCAAUUAAACGCAUAUAGUAAACUUUCGCAUUUAGUUUAAUGAAAAAUAAUGCGUUGAUUACGAUAAUCAAUCGUUUGUGUGCUAACGUUGGCCUAGCCGACAGAAAAUGUGUGUUUUUCUCGCUAUGUGCAAGAGAAGACUCGAAUGCGAGGCAAUGUGAGUAUGAUCAACCAAGUGGUAUUGACAAGGCCGGUCCGCUAUAAAGCAAAUUUAACUGCCUGCCAUCAAUUGACGGAUUGCGAAAAAUCAACAACUUGAAUCAAAGAGUAGAAAAAAUGCAAGAAAUGCAAAAUUCAACGAAUUAAAACAACAAUAACAAUAUUUGCACAGCAUUAAUAAUAAUAACAACUACAAAAACAACAACCAUAAUUCUAUUGUUCAUUUGUACGUACGCACAUAAACAGUAGUGAGAACGAUAGUAGUAAAGUGUAAGUGUAAGUGAGAAGAAAAACUGACGGGCAGACACAACACAACAAAUAUUUGCAAUUGGGCAACGCUGCCAGCCUUAGAACGACAACAACAACAACAAGCACAACGCAAGUGAGAAGUAACAAGCCAAGGAGAGAGAGCGAGAGUGAGCUUAAGAAUUGGAUGCCAGCGGCCUUGACAGCUGUCUUAUUUCUCUAGGAUCUAGCGUCCACAAAAUCCACAGCUUACGUUGGAACCCAAGCUGCAGGUUCGCUAAAAUUUGAAUGGCAUUUUGUUGUUUGUUAUAUGCCACAAAAGAUGAACAAUGAACAAAUUGGUGUUUCAUCAAUAUCAUCAUCAACAUCCACAACAUCCACAACUGCAGCUGUUAACAGGGACAGUGACAGGGAUAUUAUCAGCAGCGGCAGCAACAGCAUUGGAAACAGCGCAGCAGCUGCGCAGCUCAUCAAGGCCAUAUCAACAGGCAGCGGCGCAAGCAGCGGCAGCGGUAGCGGUACCGGCAAUGUUAUCGAUACCGACAUUGCCACAUUAGUAACAAAGAUACAAGCGAUUAUACCCGAUACGCCCAUUGUAUCCAUUGCCGCUGGCACGCUGAGUGAGAGCACAACAACAACAACAUCGACCAAGACGACACCGACGCCCUUUUCCCAGGAGCAGCUAACCACCUUAAUGUCGCACAAUGUAAAGCUGCAGCAGCGUCCCAACAGCGACAGCAGCAAUAACAGCAAUACCAACAACAACAACAGUCAAGCUGCCACAGCAGCAGCAACAACAACAAACGCUGCUGAUCUUGGACAAAAUCAUGUGGCUUGUGAUAAGAAAAUUGAUAAAACUGUUGCAGCUGCCACAGGCGCUGCAGAGGGAAAAGCUGUAGGAGCAGCGGGGGGAGCAGGAGGCGGAGGAGGAGCAACGGUAGGAGGAUCGGGAGUUGGUGGCAACAUUUCGACGCAUCACAACUUAAAGUUAACACCGCUGCUGAGCAAAUCGGGUCAACCGGCACCGGAAGUGAUUGCCGCUGCAACGGCGUUGCAUCAGCGUCGUGGCGCCACCACCAAGGGCAAAACACAAGAUGAUCAAAAUGUGGGCAAGCGUCUGAAAAAGAAAAAGACAAAAUACGAUGCUUGGGAGGAUAGCGAUUUUAAUGAUCUCGACGACGCAUCAUUGAAAAAACUGCUAGAGGAGGCAUAUUGGUAUCGCAACCCUGGCGACAGGAAAAACAAAAGUGAGCGUUUCCUGCAAAUGCUCAAAAAGGCUGAGUACGACGAGGAGAAUUCUUAUCGUGCCAUUAAAACCUGUCUACGCAACACGUCCGCAUCAUCAUCCACGUCCAGUGGCUAUCACCACAGUCACAGCAGCAGCGUUGGCAGCGGCAGCAAUUUCGCAGCGCACAACAGCAACUAUAGCAACAGCUAUCAUAAUACAAAUCAUAGAACUGGAACGGGAGGAGGAACCUCCUCGCAGCGUCAUAAGCAGGGCGGAUCUCUGCAGGAUUUGGUGGAGGCAGCGCAUCGCAGCGAGCUGGCAACGACGUCAGCAGCGGCGGCAACGGCAGCGACGCAACGCUUUAACUGUGAUUAUCAGCUGAGUGGCGGCAACAACAACAACAGCAGCAACAACGUGCGCGCCAAUCGCCGACAACAGCACAGCAACAGCAACAACAAUAGUAGCAACAACAGCAACAGCAGCAGCAGCAACAACCAAAACGCCACAUUAAGCGGCAAGAAGUUUAAAAACAACAGCAGCAACAACAGCAACUCAAACAGCAGCAACAGCUUUGACGCCAGCAACAUGGAUGUCAAACUCAAGCCAGGAUUGGUGGGCGAAGAAGGCGUGGCAGUCGAUAUAAACAAUGCCAUUGGUAAUCACAACAACAACAACAACAAUGGCCGUUAUAGAAGCCACUCCCAUCAGCUGCGGCAUGAGAUGACGACGUUGGGAGGAGGAGCAGGAGCUGGAGCUGGUGGAAAUGCUGUUGCCACACAAUUUGAUAUGGAUGAUGUUGAUCAAAAUUCGCUGGCUGCAAUCCAACAACAACAACAAUUUGAUCAACCGUUGGAGGAACAAAUGGAGGCGUUACGGGAGGCCAGACGGACUAAAGUAAUGCCCAGUUCAUCGACGGCGAAUCACUCCAUGACAUUCAAGUGUGAGCAACUGCUCGGUAUUCUGAAUCAGCAGAUGCACAAGCAACAACAGCAACCGGAAACCGGAAAUAAGGAGACGGGCGCUGUUAAAGAGUUCCUAAUCGAUGAUCCUCUACAUUUUUCUGUAUUGGAGCACUCUGCAAAGCAGCAACAACAGCAACAGUUUGCCGCCAAUAAUACGGGAAAUGUACCCGGACAAUUCUCACUGACAAUGGAGGAUCAUCAGCGCAAAGUUGAGGCCGGUUAUGUUUCAUUCAAUGACAGUUAUACGGCUUGUUCUUCUGUCUAUGGCGUUGGCUCCAUUUCCGGUUCCGGUUCCUCUUCGGCCUCGUCCAGCCACACCUCCAAUGAUGGCGCCUCCAAGUCCUCCUCCUCCUCAACUGCCGGCAAUGGACCCGACCUGUACGCUGGCACAGAGAUGCGUCCCGCAAAGAUUGGACGCAUGAUGACGGCAGCGGCGGCAGCAGCGGUUGUUGCCUCAAACCAAGGCACCAAGGCGACAACGCGCCAGUUUGAUGAGAACGGUAAUGCGUUGAGCGAUGGUUAUGCCGGUGGCAGCAACAAUGGUUGCAACAACAACAGCAGCAACAACAAUAGCAGCAGCAGCAGCGCAAGUGGCAGCAACAUUGGCAGUGGCAGCUCCUCGAAUCAGUUUUCCACAUUGAUAACAACAUCCAGUGCAUUGACUGCCACAGCAGCACAACAACAACAACGUUCGAAUAGCGUUUCCACAUUGCUCACAAGCGGUGCAAAUACAACAACCACAGCAAUGGCAGCUGCUGCCGUUUCUGCCUCCUUCAACAAUCAGUUGCAACAGCCAGCAGCAAUGAUUGCCGGUGUGGCUGGUGCCAAUAUUGGUGGUAUUGCUGGUAUUGCUGGUGUUGCUGGUGGUGCAACUGUCUCCCAGCCGCCCACAAAGCUCAAAUCGAAAAAGAAAUCACAACAGGAGCGUAAUACAACCACUGUGGAUGUGGAAUCUGUCGCCGGUUAUCGUGGCAAUGAUCCGGUCGAGCAGCUGGUCAAGUACAUAGAGAAUAUCGAGAAUGCUGGUGCAGCAGCAACAUCAACCAAUGCUGGGCUGCAACAGCAGAAGAAGAAGGAGCGCAAGAAGCAGAAUAAGCUGAAGAAAUGCAAUUCCUUGGAAGAAUUGCGUAGCUGUGCCAAAAUGGAGGUCGACGAGCUGAAACGUCAGGCGGCAACCACCGAAAUGAUGCGCAACAAAAAAGGUGGCAAGCACAAUUCCGCCUCCGUGGCGGAUAUCAACAAGAAUUGCAACAAGGAGCAACAGCAGCAACAAUCACAGCAGCCAUCACAGGCACAACAAACGCAGCCAGCAGCAACAGCAACAGCUCGCAAAGGUGAAAGACGCUCUUGGGGCACCGAGGAGUUGCAGUAUUUGGGUGAACCGGCGGCAGCUCUAACUGAUGCCAGCACUAUAGCUGCUGCUGCAACAGCAACAUCAUUGUCAUCGCUAACAUUGCCCAUGUCCGAGCUGGAGGCGCUCAAUACCGUGUUGAGUGAAACGGCUGAAUUUCAUGUGGUCACCAAAAAGAAGAAACCAAAGAAACAACGUGCCGUUACCAUGGAUGAUGCAACAGUGGCGGCAGCUGCCACAACUGGUGGCAACUUGCAGCGUAUGCAGCAGAUCACUAAAUCUGCAUCAUCCAAUAUGAUGUCACAACGUUUGCACAACAAUAAUAAUCAUUAUAACAGCAAGCAGCAGCAGCAGCAACAACAACAGUCGCAGCAGCAGCACUCGCAGCAGCAGCAGCAACAACAGUCGCAACAGCAACAACAACAACAUGCAGCAACAACAAGCAGCACACAGGAUAAUUCACGUCGCAAAUCCACAUCAUCAAUGCCGCCAUCGGAGAAAUCGGAUUCCUCCGAUCUCGAUUCGGUGCAUUCAUUGCCCAUACAAACGGGCAAAAAGAAGAGCAACAACAAGCGCGCUGUGGUGCAGGCCAAGCACAACAACAACAACAACAAUAAUAACAACAGCAAUAAGAAUAACAACAACAAUUCACCAGCACCCAUUUCAUAUGCUGAUAUAGCCAGAAACAAACGUGAAGCCUUGGCCAAUGCCAGCAAAGAGGAGCACGACGACAAUCUAGUUGCUGUUGGCGCCAGCAGCUCCAACAACAGCUCCGCCUCCUCCUCCACCUCCGCCUCCGCCUCCACCUCUUCCUCUUCAUACGCGCUGCCAGCCAAAUCGAAAUCCAAGCAGCGUCCUGAUUUUCCAGAACUGCCAGGCGCCAUAGCAGCAACAAUUGUUACGGGCGCAACAACAGCAGCAGCUGCUUUGAUCAGCUACUCGCAGAGUCUAAACAACAACAAUCACAAUAACAACAGCAGCAACAGCGAUGUGGAAGUUGCCAAUGAGCUGCCAGCAACUGUUGCUGCAGCGCUAACACCAACAACAACAGCAGCCGCAGCAGCAGCAGCAACAACUAUUGCCACAACAGUUGCUGCCACGCCACCAGCAUUGCAAAAGUCCAAGAGUGUGGAACAUGAUAGUUAUAGUUUCAACAGCAGCAACUUGGAUCUGCAAUAUCCGGCGCUGGAGAAGACUGUAAAGCGGCACAGCGUCAACAAUGUAUCGCUCUCAACAGCAAUGUGCAGCAACAGCUACAAUUUUGCAGCAGCUGCCAAGCAACAGCAACAAUUGCUGGACAAAAGCAGCAUAGAAACCACAACAGCAGCAAUAGCAAACACAACAGCAACAGCAGCAGCUGCAACCACAGCAACAACAGCUGCAAGCAGCACAGCAGCAACUACCUCAGCUAAAAGCCUGGCCAAGACAAAGCCAAAGGAGCUGUCCAGCAGCAAUGUGAGCAAACAAAAGGAUAAACCAGUGAAGCAACAGCAACAGUCGCAACAAGAAGACAGCAACACAGCAGCAGCAACAACAAUUGGCAACAUAACAACCACAACCACAACAACAACAUUUAAAACCACCGCUGCGACACAAACGGAUGGCGCCAAGAAGUUUAAUAACAGUGUUGCCACCUCAACUGGUGCACAGACAACACAAACAACACAAACAACAUUGACAGCAACUGGCAAUCGACCGGCUGUCAUAAUACUCAACGAUGAUCGUGACUCGAAAUUGGGCAGGCUCAACAACGAGUUCAUUUUUGGUGAUUUCAAUGAGGAUGAAUUGAAAUUAUUCGAUGAUGGCAGCGAUAAGGAGACAGAGAAGACAGAGAAAACAAUAAAACCAAAGGCCACAACAGCAACGGCAACCAUAGCAACAGUUGCUGCUAGCAGCGAUGAGCAGUUGCUGAAUGAUUCGGGCAAUGCCUCGGAUGUGGUGAAUAAUUCGGCCUGCAUGGAUAUGCUGCUGAUCUCAGGGCAGGCGGCGCAGUCGUCGCCCAAUGCAGCGAAUCCCAUAAACAAUUCAUCCAGCUCCAACUCCAACUCCUCGACCACACUGAGCAGCAGCAGCAGCAAUGUGACAAAUGUUGCCAAUCAGUCCAAUGAUAGCGGCAUCUGCAACACAUCAGCAACUGCAACUGCAACUGCCAACAUUAAAGAUCAAGUCAAUCAUUUUCUUAGCAAGGCCAACAGCAACAGUCGCAGUUGCAGCAGCAGCAACAACAGCAGCCACGAUGAGCAACCAUUGCUGCUGGAGACUUGCAAUGAUAUUGAAACUGUCAUUAUUGCUGCCGCACGUGCUGCUGCUGCUGCCAACGCCAGCAACAAUAACAACACACGCAGUGCCAGUUGCAGUCGUCGCAACUCACAGGAACCACCGUCAACCACAACAGCAACAACAGCAACUGUUGCUGCUGCUAAAUCAAAAUCAAGACCAGUUAUUUACAUGACCUACGGCGAUGUGGACGAUAUAACAGAUGCUCAAAACGAUGACGAUGAUCAGCAAUUGCAUGAAUUGAGUUUUAUGCCCGAUUUAAAGUCCGAUUUUGCUGUUGUUGCACACACAAAUUCACCAUUGCUGCCGUUGCCACUGUUGCGUCAGUCCAACACCGACCUCAUUGUCGACUACAUCAGCAACUCCUGGAAUGCCAUAAUCAACAGUAAACAUGUGGCCUUCUACAACGAGGAGGAGGAACAACCGCAUACUUAAGAGGCAAAAGCACCGCCAACAACAGCAACAACAUUAUCAACAACAACAACAACACCACAACAACUGCAACAACAGCAACAACGCUUAGCUCGCAAAGCGAUGCGAAACAAACAAAUAGAAAUUUUCUUUUUUGUUAAUGCUUAUGUUUAAUUUUUUUUUUAAAUACUUUGCCUGGUUAAUUGUUGUAAACUUUUUUGUGGUGUUCAACACACAACAAGAAAUGCAAGAACUACAUACAUCUAUAUAUAUAAUAUAAUAUAAUAUAUAUAUCUAUAUAUAUGUAUAUUUACAAAUGAUAUAAGAAUACGCUUUUUAAGCUAAUGUAAUGUUUAAUGUAACAACUAUUGUUGAAUCUAUUGAUCACCAUUGGAAGCCUCAUAGAUAUCAAUAAACAAUAGCAACAAUAACAAGAGCAACAACACACAAGUCAAGUUAAAAACAGUUUAGGCCAAAACAAGUUGGCUAAAAAGGCAU